UUCGUGCUCUGGUUUUACGUUGACACUACCGGAGCAGUUGUAUUCGUGAAAGUUGUAUAUGACUGGAAAGAAUUGAAUUUCAAGAAUGCCUGAAUGCAUAGAAAUAAUAUUAAAACGUAAGGUGUUACACUUUUGAAAUAUGUGGUUAAAUUUACUUGUGUAAAAAUUAUUUGAGAUUGGCGGAGUAAUUAGCAGGCUUACAUGAACAUAGGUGUAUGCCAGAUGUCACACACAGUGAUCGUGUGGUAACUCAUGAAUUCCAGGACUCCAGUAGUGAAGACAUCUUUUGUAUUAAGGAGUGAAUCAGCAGUGGGGAAGAAGAUGGAAGGUCCUGAGGUUACAUUCAUAUUCCAAUUUGGGCUGGUACGGGACACAGUAACAGCAGCGGCCAGUACCCUGGGGCUCAAGACUCUCAAGGAUCUUGCAUGUGACUUCAUAAAUAGGAAGUUCCCUGAUCACGGUCUGACAAGGCUGAGUGAACGUCUGUUGUUGUUUCGUCAUGAUUAUGGGUCUGCUAACAUUCUGCAACAUAUCAACUCAGCAGCUGAGAUCAUGGACGAGACCCUCGUGGAGAUAGUUCUCUCUGCUCAAGUGCCAACAGAAGAGGUCCAAUUCCGUCCUCAUGCCCUGGCUGUUCACUCCUACAAAGCUCCAACAUUCUGUGACUUCUGUGGAGAGAUGCUUUUUGGUUUAGUGAGACAGGGACUCAAGUGUGAAGGCUGUAGCCUCAACUUCCAUAAACGUUGUGUUGUAAAAAUUCCCAACAAUUGCACAUCAGCAACUGGAAGGGGGCGGCGCCCAUCAACUCUUCUUGUUCCACGCAGCCCAUCAGACACAGGGUCCACGGUCUCUCUUCCCUCAGCCUCUGAAGAUAGUACACAACUUCUUUCUAGUAAUGUUAUACCAAAACAGAGCCGUUCUCCGUCACUGGGUGGACGCACAGCAGACAGGGAAGCAGCGGGGCACAUUAGAAUCCCCCACACUUUUGUUCUGCACAGCUACAUGCGCCCCACAGUCUGUCACUUCUGCCGAAAACUUCUGAAGGGAAUCAUUAAGCAAGGCAUGCAGUGCAAAGACUGCCACUGUAAUGCACAUAAGAAGUGUGUUGAUAAGAUUCCGAAAGACUGUUUUGGUGAUGGAGUUGGUAGUGAGGUAGAUCGAGAGUGCCGUGAUGUCUGCGAGGACGAAAGUGACACUGAGAAUGGUGGCUCUCCAUCUGGUGCUCGCAAAACUUCAUCUCCAGACCCUCCUCUCAUGAAUGGAGAAUGUGUAGAUAUGAUUCCAGGACAUGAUGAAGGAGAUCCUAUGAAACGAUUGACCAGCUCUUCGCCAAGUAACAAUAUUCCCCUCAUGCGCAUUGUGCAGUCAGUGAAGCACACCAAGCGACGAGGAUCAAAGGUUAUUAAGGAAGGUUGGAUGGUACACUUUACCAACAAGGACCGCAUGCGCAAGCGUCACUACUGGCGCCUGGACACCAAGUCAGUGACUCUGUUUCAGAGUGACACAGGCUCCAAAUACUACAAGGAAAUUCCACUUGCUGAGAUCCUGUCAGUUGAUACUGCUCGAAGUCUUCAUGGAGAUGUGAUGCAUUGUUUUGAACUUCGAACAGCCAAUGUUGAUUAUUAUGUGGGAGAAGACCCUCUGUAUGGGCAGAAGGAUGCGUCAAGAAUUACCCUUCCACCUGCUGACAGUGGAGUUGGGGCACACCUUGCCAAGAGCUGGGAGACCAGCAUCCGACAAGCUCUCAUGCCUGUCACAUCACAUCCAAAGGGUGACAUAUCAGAUGAACCGGAGGAGAGAGUUACAGACAUGAGUCAACUGUACCAGAUCUUUGCAGACGAGGUUCUCGGCUCUGGGCAAUUUGGGAUCGUAUAUGGAGGUGUGCAUCGCAAAUCGGGUCGUUCUGUGGCAAUUAAAGUGAUUGAUAAAAUGAGGUUUCCCACAAAACAGGAGGCGCAACUGAAGAAUGAGGUGUCAAUCUUACAGAACCUGUCACAUUGUGGGGUUGUAAACUUGGAGCGCAUGUUUGAGACAUCGGAGCGUAUCUAUGUGGUGAUGGAGAAGCUGAAAGGAGACAUGUUAGAGAUGAUAUUAUCCAGUCAGAAUGGGAGGCUCAGUGAGCGUAUUACCAAGUUCCUCAUCACACAGAUUCUGGUGGCUUUGAAACAUCUCCACAGUGAGAACAUUGUGCACUGUGACCUAAAGCCAGAGAAUGUCCUUCUGAGCUCUGAUUCAGACUUUCCUCAAGUGAAGCUCUGUGACUUUGGCUUUGCUAGAAUUAUUGGUGAGAAGUCUUUUCGACGCUCAGUGGUUGGCACUCCUGCCUAUCUUGCCCCAGAAGUACUUCGUAACAAGGGCUAUGAUCGCUCACUGGAUAUGUGGAGUGUUGGUGUAAUUGUGUAUGUUAGCCUCAGUGGGACGUUUCCCUUCAAUGAAGAUGAAGAUAUCAAUGAACAAAUUCAGAAUGCAGCAUUCAUGUAUCCACCAAAUCCCUGGAAGGAAAUUUCUUCAGAUGCUAUUGAUCUAAUCAACAACUUGCUACAAGUGAAACAGAGGAAACGGUACACUGUUGCCAAAUCACUUGCACAUGUCUGGUUACAGGACUACCAGACAUGGUGUGAUCUGAGGAAACUGGAGACUCAGGUUGGAAACCGCUAUUUGACACAUGAGUCAGAUGAUGCCCGCUGGGAAAACUUCUGCAGAGAUCGCCUCUGACCGUCCAAAAACUGGCUCUCAUCCACGAGAACCAGGUGCCGCAAACUGAUGAGGCUGCAGCCUCAACAAUGCUCAUGAGUAUGUAGCAGGUAGAAGGUAACAUAAUAGAGUAGGAACCAGGGCAAGUAGCAUUCUUGCAUUAUAACACUGUGCCUGAUUUAAGUUGUACAAUACCAGAAAUUAUAGUAGCUGUGUUCCCACAGUUCUGUGAAAUCAUGAGUUGUCACUGGAUAGGUAUAAAUAUUUCUGUAUUCAAGUAAUAGACACUUAAGUGCUUAGAAGAUAUACAAAUAUAUGAGGUGGUUUAUCGUAGGCUUAUAAAUAAUAUUUGGUGCAGAGCUAGAAAUCUGGGGUAGCUCAGUCAAUAAAGUAACCAGCCUUCGGCUGGAAAACAAGUUAAAUUCCUAACAGGGCUAGGUAUUUCUCUGUUUGCCACCAUGUCCAGACUAGUGCUUGACCCUAUUCAGCCUCUUUUCCAGUGACUAAAAUGGGAUAUUCUAGUGGAUAAAAUGUCUGACUGUGAGGGUGAUCAGUCACCUCCAUCUAAUGCCAAAGUUAGAAAGUGAGUUGACUUUAUCUCCACUCUUGUCAUCCAUCUUACUGGUAUGGUGCUUUAACACCUCCACUUUAUCAGUCAGCAUACUUUUAGUAUGUUGUAGCAAUCUAGUUCAAAUAAAUUUGAUAUAAAUUUAGUCACAAUUACUUUGUUUCAAAGUGCAUCUGUUUAUCAUUACAGUAUGAAGAUUUUUAUUAACAGAUGUGAUUUGGUUGUGAAUGAACUCCUAAAUGUUUAUGUGACAUCCAAGAAAUGGCAGGAGUUUGAUGUGAGAACAUAAAUAUAAAUGUUAUUGAAAGAACUGUUGGGUUUGUCUUGAUGAUGACCCAGUAGAAUAAAUUAUGGUUUGUCUGCAUUUCACCAUUGGUUAUAAGAACUUCUGCAGGCAUGUUCACCUGUGAGCUACUUAUUUAAAAUUUUAAGAAAGUUAGUCUUUUGUUUAAUCUACAAAUUAUUAGAUGUUGUAUUACUGGUUUCAGUUUAUUCUAAAGUAGAUCAGUCCCAGUUGUAUAAGACAAGAUUGCUACUUUGUGAAAAUUCAUGCACAUUCUGUCGUAUAAUCAAACUGUAUAUCAUUGCUUCUUUUUACGUUUUGUACUAAACUUGUGAAGUUGAGUGCUUUGUGUACAGCAGUGGCCCCAUGUGAAACUGGGGUAGAAUUGGGCAUCGCACAGUAGGUGAGAUGUUAAUGAAUGUUGUGGGGGUUACUAGCUUUUAUGAAGGAGCUUUGAAAUACUGUUUUGGUUUUAUGCAAACAUUGCAGCAUCUGUAAGAAUGUGAACAUAACAGUGAACCACUUGAAGCAGUAAUUCAACUUAACAUUCAAAUUGAGACGUAGUCAAAUCUUAAUUACUCAGACUUUAAUGUGCAGUUUAUAUCAGUGGAAUUUUAAACAAGUGGCUUAAAGAGAAGUACAUAGACAUUUUGUUAAGAUCUUUCACUAUGUAAUUUAACAUAGAAAGUUAUUAUAGUGAUGGUGAUAAAUAAUCUAAGCAUCAUUAACUUCAUUUUAUGUUAUAAAAUUGUUUGGUAACACUAAUUCUGUUAAUUUGGGAGAAGGUUUAGCAUAAUUUGUGUGUGUAGAAUUUCCAAGUUGGGAUGGUUGAGAUAGGAACACAUGCUUGCCAGAAAGAGGUUCAUGAGACUAAAUUGCAAAAAAUUAAUACUUUUGUGACCAUUUUGAACAUUAUUAGAAGAGAAUUUGGUGACAUAUUUGAUAAAACUGGAACUGGUUUGCUGCUUCAUCAGUCUUCUGCCACCCUUGACCUCAUUCAGACUUCUUCUGCCAUUGUCAUUGUCAACAGCACUGUGCCUUUAAUCACAGAAUGAAGUUGGCUUAGAUCGGCACUUGUUAUGCCACACACAACAAACACAGACUUGGUCUUUUUGAAACUGACAGAUGUUAAAAGUCCAAAUUGUGCUCACUGCUUCCAGUCCAAGAAGUUCAUAAAGUUGAUGCAAUUGUGUUUGUUUGUAAAUAUCAUAGAACUAUGACAGUUUCUUGUGUGGGAAUUUUAUUUACUUCAUACCAUACUGUUUAUCCAUUCUUUCAUUUUGCGAUGCCAUAUGUGCACUCCUACACUACAAAAUUUGAAAUAAUAAAAAUGUAAGCAUUAUUUUUACUCAAGAGUUUAGAAAACACAUUAUUACAUUUUUAUGUAUUUGUUGAAUCCGUGUGAGACCAACUUUUGAAGUAGCUUGAAAUUUAAAGCUUGGUGCUGAAAGUGAAGUAACCAGUAGUUGAUUUGUAAAAUUUCUUACUGUUAACAUGUUGUGGACUAACACUAUAAAUUAUCUUAAUCCUCUUAUAUGUUACUAAUACAUUAAUAUUGGCGAAUUUAAAUAAGAUGAAGUAAGAGUCUGGGAUAAAAAUAUGUACUUCAGCCAGUAUUCAACCUCGUAAGCUUGGUCUGCUGCAGUCUGUUAUCUCACCAAUGGUAUUUGAAUAACUUGAUACUGCUUCAUUUUUCACUGUUGUUAGGUUCCUGUUUAUUGUGGCAUUUUCUGAACUGCAUUUUUGUGAUGAUAGGUGUUGUGUGAAUCCAGUGCUGUACUGCAACCUGGUGUUCAGAUGUUAAUGUAUCUCAGUAUUGUCAGAUACUUACAGUAAUUUUUAUUUUUGUUGCAUAAAUCUUUCUAAUUUAUUUCUUUUUGCUAUUUUUAGGAUUUAACACAAAAUAUUAUAGUAACACAAUUACACUCAUUUUUUACAUACACAGACACAUCUUUAUCUAACUAAUUCAUCAUUAUGCACAUCUCAGUGGAUUAUCAGAUUUAAAAUGUCUGCAAUGUAUGCAAAUCUAUGUAAUAAUGUCAUCUUCAGCUAUAACAUAUCUUAUAGCAGCUACAAUUAAUUUUGUGUGAGUAAUGCACUUUUACAAUGGAAUGUUUCAUCUCAGAAAUUUUUUUUAACAGCCAGUGAAAACACAGGAACCUGAAUGAUCUCAGAGCAUGACAAAGUGGAAAACAAGCAAUACUGUAAACCAUUUCCAUAUAACUCAUAACAUUCAGCCAUUUGGAUCUUCUGAGACAUCAUUUAGAACACAAAAUCUGAUCAACACUUCAAUAUUGUUUCUGUGGGAAUAUCUGAUAUGUUGUUUUGACAGCACUAUUAUCCAUAGAUCUGCAGACAUUUUACAGUAACUUAGAAACAUAACUUUGAAAUGUUUUCUAAAUAGUAAGAUUUUCUUAAACACCAAAGAAAACUUUGAAUUUAUAUCCAGUGCAUUUUCUACUUGUAUUGUGUUAUUCGUAUAACACCAUGCAUGUAAAAAAAUGCAUAAAUUCAAUUUACAAAGUACAUGUUAUGAUGUCUGGUUUGUCUUCAUCCUAGUAUGAUGUACCUUUCCUACAUCACAUACUAAAAUAUUAAUAACAAUAACAGUCAUGAUAAUAAAUUCAGAAAAGUAAGGUGUGCCAAGUAAUCAAAAAUUACAACUCUAAUUAUUGUCACUAAAUUGGUAGGAAUUUUCAGCUCUGGUUAAUGCCACUAAAUUAGUAAGAAUAAAAUUCCUAAUUGCUUGUUUACCAAGAUUUUACCAAUCAAAAUUGACUUACAUAUUAGUGGCUUUCCAUUGCUGUAAUAAUAGCUGAAACUAACUUUAAUUAUAGGUUUUUAUCUGGGCUUAGUUUACUUACAACUACUUCCAUUUAUAUUUAACUGUAGCCUUUACAGUAUUUAUGCAAACACAAAAUUUAUUUUAAGAUUUAUAUCUAACUGUAGAAAAUAAUGGAUGCAUCCUCUGUCAAUGGCCUACAGGGUUGAAACACAAGCAGUGUUAAUGUUCAAACAAUAAAAUUAUACUGUUGUGGUUUAAGAAGUAAACAGAUAACUCUGUUUUAUCUGUGAAUUAUUGUAACUUCCAGACAGAUGAACUGUUCAAAGAACUUCUUGUCCAUACAAGAUUUUAUGGGCAACAGUGUACAUUGUCUUCUACUUUUAAGCACACUAUAGUUAAAUCUCAUUAUUAUGUGUUUUUGGAGACCUUAAAUUUAUGUACUCAUUAAUGGAACAACAACUUAGAGUAAAUAGAAGGGAAGUUUUUUUUAUUUAGAUGAAACUGUUUAAAGGAUGGUCUGUGCUUUUUGUUGAAUUAAUCUGAUUCAGAAUGUUUACUUACCAUUCUUCAUGAACAGUUUCCAUUUAUUUUUAUUGUAUUUUCACAACCUGAAUCCACAUUUUCUCUGCUGUAAAAACUCAAAUCUGUUUUACAAGAACAAUGAAAUGCAGAAAUUGUGAUAUGGAUUCUCAGAACUUCGUACUUAAUAAUGAAAUAUAUCACACAAUAAAGUACUUAAAAAUCAAAGUAUUUUUACUUUGUAUAUAGUGAAGUUUUAGUUGGGGUUAAUGGAAUGUAAGUUGAUUUGAAAUGGGAUUCCACUGUAUGGAGUUUCACAUUUUAUUUAGUUUUUGUGUUGUUAUAUGCAGACCUCUUUCUGACUUACUGGAUAUUGUUUUUUACUGUGGUAAGUUUAGUUGUUUGUUGUAAUAGUGCAGGACUGUGAUCUCCUUGGUAACGCGAUACCUGUUGCAGACUGUACUGGUGCCACCCUAGAAACUGGGAGCACAUUCAGUAUUUCCUACUCAAUAAAAUUGUGGAUUUAGGUAGUUGCUUGUAGUUAAAAGUUAACACUUUGUAUGAGUGCAGAUAUUAUUGCAGUUUUAAUGCAUGCCAGUUUUUCAUAAAUGUUGUAUUAGGUCUGAUUUUUUACAGAGACUUGAACUUGUUAAGUUGUUACAUGUAUUUAUGUAAAGAAUGAACAAUACUCCAAAUGAUAAAGCAACCAAGUUGCAUUUGAAUGCAUUUCUAUUUGAAACAAAUCAAAAUUGAUUAGUUCAAAUCUGUCUUUUAGAGAGAAGUGAUUGUUACUAAAAUUGAAACAGAACUUGUGGCAUUGCCAUUAAUACUUUCCUGCAGACAGGAAAUGGGUUGGCUGAAUCUUGCUUGUGUUUAAUAGUUACUGAUCUCCUGCACUUCUGUAUGGACACAGUUUGAACUACUAAUAUAUAAUUCCCUGCCCUGCAAGCAUUGCUUAAGCCUGUAUUUCUAAUUGGAUAGAAAUAUCUCUUUUGCCGUAAUUGUAAAAGGAAGGUUGCCAUAUGACUAAACCCCACACACUGAAGACGUACUGGGAGUAACAUUAACUGGAAUGAAUAUUCAAGUUCCCACUGUGCAUGCUCAAUCAUGAGGGACAGAGGCCUGAUUGACCCCAGAGCAAGUCUGGAAAUAAGAAGAGAAAAAUCCUACCUCUGCCAGGAAACGAUCCCCAGACACUCAGCCCACAGUCAUUCAUGUGAUUUGGCUGUCCUGGCUCAUUGUUACAGUCCAGUUGUAUUCAUAAUACAUAAGUGCACUGAUCAUGUUAGAAGUUUCAUUUGUUGUAACACUGAAAGUGUUAUGCUAAUCUUUUUCUUGAUAUUAUCAUAUAUAAGUUGAUACAAGUGCAAUAACUGUAAUGGCAGAAUGGUGUUGAAGUAAUAGUCAGGCUGGAAGAUGUAACUAGUAGUUCAGACAUUGGUUGUUACUGCAUUGAAUUCCACUGAGGUUAAACACCACUCAGAACUUAAAUGUGUGAAGAACAGAUUCAGGACACUUGAAUUUAUUUUCAAACUUGAUUUGUUUCAUAUAUAAUGUAUAAACUAUAAUUUAUUAAUUUAAAAGCAAAGAUAAUAUGAAUUUAAUAAAAAUAACUGGAGUCGUCUUGAAAGGGACCAGUGAUGCAGAGGCCUACAGAGUUGAGGGACCUGGUACAGGGCAACUCUCAUACAGUGAGUGAGUUUGAACUGUAAAACUGAAACCCUUCACUGGAUAGCACGGAAGAGCAUGCAUAGCAAGUGUCUGAAAAGCAAAGUACUCAUGAAAGUAAGAUGAAGUGGGAAAUUUAUAGGAUUAGAUUAGAAACAUCGUGAUUCAUACAAGUUAUCUAGUUUUUGUUGUGGUUGUGAAAUCAUUGAGUGUAUAGUGGAAUGGAAAUGUAGUUCAGAUGAGAUAGAGCAGACAUCUUGAAAGACUGAGACAGGACGAUGAUGAUAAGCUGGAUAAAUAUGGUUUGAGAUUGGGUGAUGGAUCAUACUGGUUCUGGAUUAUGUGCAGUGGCAAAACUUGUUAGUAGUGCUGUUGAAUGUUUGGGUUCUAGUCCGAGAUUGUCAGAUUAGAAUGUUUUAUAAUCAUAUGAGAAAUUGAAUGUUUACUGGCAGAAAGACUAUUUUUCCAGUGCAUGGGGUUGAUGGACAUUAUUGAGUUUUCACACCCACUACCAUAGUUAUCACCUCAUUACUGUUCACCCAACUCAGGCAGUAAAUAUUGGAGAUGUUAACUGUUGCCUUAAUGCUUUGUUGUACAAAAACAGGGUCUCUAUGUUCCUUCCUAUCUUGGUUUUCUGCCUGCCUCUCAUAACUAAAUUUGUAUUGAUAUUAUAAUAAACAUCCUAUACAGAUGUCAAUGCUUCUGCAUUUUAAAUUUGUAUCUAUUCAGAUGAAUACUUUUCUAAUUUAUGGCAUACAUGAAAGGUGGAUGAUUUUUACAGUUCAUUACGUGUACUAUUGAUGAAGCCAUAUUGAAUUCUACAGUGAGAAAAGAAUAUUUAUAGAAGUUGUAAUUUGACUGUAGAGUUGCCCUAGCAAAGCCAGUUCCUCCCAAGUGCCUCAUGAAAUGCAGCAACUUCCCAAUAAGGUUUAAGCAAUCUUUAUUUUUGGAAUAAUACAGUGUUUCAUUUUUUUUUAACGAUGUUGAGAGUUUCAGUCGUGAUGGUAUAGCUGCUGAUCUUACUGGUAUCAAGUCAGUGUAGUAGCACCAUGUUCUUCAGAGCCAUGCUUGCAUAAGUUACCAGUCACGCAAAUAUUUGUCAAGUCUUUUCAGGUGGUCACUAAUGUGACCACCCGAAAUAAAGUGAUCAUAUCAGUAAAGGCACUAUUUCACAAUGGAGACCAAUUGUUUAUGAAAAAGUGAUGUUUUAUUCUGUAUCAGAGUGGCUUAUUUCCAGAAAGGACUUUUAUAAAUUCUCAUAGAAUGUA